GUCACUAGGGACUGGGGCUGUCUCCAAACCUCCAGUCAAGUUUAAAUCACAUAGGGCUCUACCGACUCUCAGUUUGCAUCCUCCUCUCCCCUCCUGUGCUCCCUCGCUCUGAGCUCCCCCUCUGUCUCUCUCUUCUCCUCUGCAUCUGCCAGUUGCUCUCCCCGUCAAACUUGCCAGGGCUCUUGUGAAGGGUUUACCUCUGCACAUCUACAGCAGUUUCUCACCCGAAGAAAUCAGAACUUUUUUUUUUUCCUGUGAAGCCCGCGAAGACACUGAGACCCAACUGUCACCAUGGAGGCCAUCAAGAAGAAGAUGCAGAUGCUGAAGUUGGACAAGGAGAACGCCAUCGACAGGGCAGAACAGGCUGAGUCUGACAAAAAGGCAGCAGAGGAUAAAUGCAAGCAGUUGGAGGAUGAGCUGCUGGCUCUGCAGAAGAAACUGAAGGGAACAGAGGAUGAGCUGGACAAGUACUCGGAGGCCCUGAAGGACGCUCAGGAGAAACUGGAAUUGUCGGAGAAGAAGGCCACAGAUGCUGAGGGCGAUGUGGCAUCUUUGAACCGCAGGAUCCAGCUGGUGGAGGAGGAGUUGGACCGGGCUCAGGAGAGACUGGCCACAGCCCUGCAGAAACUUGAGGAGGCUGAGAAGGCUGCAGAUGAGAGCGAAAGAGGCAUGAAGGUGAUCGAGAACAGAGCCAUGAAAGACGAGGAGAAGAUGGAGAUUCAGGAGAUGCAGCUCAAAGAAGCCAAACACAUCGCUGAGGAGGCAGACCGCAAAUAUGAGGAGGUUGCCCGUAAACUGGUAAUCCUUGAGGGUGAGCUGGAGAGAGCAGAGGAGAGGGCAGAAAUUGCAGAACUGAAAUGUGGUGACCUGGAAGAAGAGCUCAAGAAUGUCACCAACAACCUCAAGUCGCUAGAGGCUCAGUCUGAUAAGUACUCUGAGAAAGAAGACAAAUAUGAGGAGGAGAUUAAAGUCCUGAAUGACAGACUUAAGGAGGCGGAAACCCGUGCAGAGUUUGCAGAAAGAACAGUGGCUAAGCUGGAAAAGACCAUAGAUGACUUAGAAGAGAACCUAUCACACGCAAAAGAGGAAAACAUAGGAAUGCACCAAGUCCUGGACCAAACUCUGCAGGAGUUAAGUAGCUUGUAAAAUGCCAAGAAGAACAUCAAACAAUGCAAAAAAAAAAAAACAUUUGUUUUUAUAAAAGAUAUUUUCCACAUGCCAUCCAGUCUCUGUAAUUUCACUCUUAUUCCUGGUUGUUAAAACACAUGUAACCCUUUUAUAUAUUUAUGUGUCCUUUGUUUCUUUUCCUUUUUUAAAAAAGUUUUGGGUCCAUAUGAUUUCAGUUUCGGCUCUGGAAAUUGUGUUAGAUCAAACUCUGAGCACAAAUAAAACUGAUGACAACGCU